AUGUCGGAGCUGGCUUCGAAGGGCGCCGCCAUUUCCAAGAAGGGCUUCAAGAAAGCCGUUACCAAGACUCAGAAGAAGAAUGGCAAGAAGCGUAAGCGCAGCCGCAAGGAGAGCUACUCCAUCUACGUGUGCAAGGUGCUCAAGCAGGUGCACCCCGACACCGGCAUCUCGUCCAAGGCCAUGAGCAUCAUGAACUCGUUCGUGAAUGACAUUUUUGAGCGCCUCGCUGCUGAGGCGUCGCGCCUGGCGCACUACAUACAACCAGCGCUCCACCAUAACCUCUCGCGAGAUCCAGACGGCCGUGCGCCUGCUGCUGCCCGGCGAGCUGGCCAAGCACGCCGUGUCCGAGGGCACCAAGGCCGUCACCAAGUACACCAGCUCCAAGUAA